CGGGGAAACCAAAAGAAAAGUCUAGCCAAAUGUCACUUACAGACGUGUUCGCUAGAGGGACUUUCUACGACAGAAAAAGCAAACGGUGGAUCGAGAUUACAAACUCGAUCACUAACCACAUUGCCAAAGACAUGGUCCCGCUUAUUACAGUCGAAAAAGACGGUUUUAAGCAGAUGAUAAAGACGCUGGAUCCGAGGUAUGAAAUGCAGAGCAGAAAGUACUUUAGCCAAGUUGCUAUCCCCAACUUGUACCAAAAGCACAGAGCUACGCUCGAAACAGACCUGGCAACCGUCCACCACUUCGCAGCAACGACUGAUUUGUGGUCCAGUCGCACUAUGGAGCCUUAUCUGAGCCUUACGGUUCACUUUAUAAGUGAAGAAUGGGUGUUGCAAAGUCAUUGUUUGCAGACAAGCUACUUUCCUAAUGACCAUACUGGAGAGUUUCUUGCAGCAGGCCUGAAAGAGGCAUUUGAUUCCUGGGGACUUUCGGAGCAGAAGCUAGUGGCCAUCACUACAGACAGUGGAGCCAACAUCAAGAAGGCUAUUGAACUGAACAAUUGGACAAGACUCCAGUGCUUUGGUCACAGGCUUCAUCUAGCCAUAGAGACAGCUAUGAAAGAUGACCGCAUACAACGUGCAGUAGGUGUCUGCAAAAGAAUUGUGUCAGCCUUCUCAUACUCUUGGAAGAAAAGGAGGGACCUGGCUAUUGUUCAGAACGAUCUGGGUCUUCCAAAGCAUGUGCUCACAACUGAGAUGCCUACAAGGUGGGGAUCGCGUCAAAUGAUGAUUAAAAGAGUACUUGAGCAAGAGAGGGCCAUUAGUCAGCUUCUAAAAGCUGACAAGAAAUCAAGGCACUUGGUCCUUAGCUGGCAAGAUGUAGAUGUCCUAGAAGAGAUAGUGCUACUAAUAAAGGCUCAACAGGACACACUCUCAGGGGCUGCUGGUGCAGCAGAAGCAGAGCCUGUUCCUCCUCCUGAGGAAAAAAGAAAAAAGACUUUGGCCAGCUUUUUCAAAAGGCAGAGCACCACCAGCAACAGCACACUCGCAGUGCCAGACGACCAAAGCAUCAGAAUGGAGCUGACAGUCUAUUUACAGACCACAGAGGUUGACAGUGAUACAGAUCCUUUAGACUGGUGGAGAUGCCAUCAGACAAAUUUCCCUCGCAUUGCCAAGCUAGCUCAGCAGUAUUUAUGCAUCCCUGCCACCAGUGCUCCAUCUGAGAGAGUUUUCAGCACUGGUGGCAACAUUGUCACUUGCCACAGGGCCGCACUCAAACCAGAUGCUGUGGACCGUCUCGUUUUCCUGGCAAAAAAUUUGUAAAUGUUGAAAUGUGUGAUUAUUGUUUACAUUUAUACAGGAUAAUAAUCCUGUGAGCCAAGUUGCAGUUGUACUUUAUAUUUAUUUUAUAUGUUCUGGUUUUAAAGCAAUACUUUUGAAGGAAUAACUAAUGCAAGUUGCAUAAUUUUAUUUUUGUAGACCUCAAAAGCAAUGCAAGACAAGUUAAUAUUUACUUGAAUAAACGUAAUGUAACUGGGCUUGUACUUGAAGAAAAAGUAUUUUAAGUUAAUUUAAGUGGACUUGUUCUUAUUUUGUUGUUCAAAAUAAAAUAUCAAAAUAAAUGUUC